AGAACCACAUCCCCCGGCGGGCCCGGCGGUUCCGGCGCUCGCUGACGCGGCGCUGCCGCUUCCCGUGCGCGGGCGGUGCCUCCCUCGCUCCUUCCCUCCUCCCUCCCCGCCGGAGUCCCUCCUUCCUUCCCUCCUCCCGCGUUCGCCCCCUCCUGCAGCGGCGGCGAGCCGAGCCCCAGGCGAAGAUGGCGAAGACCUACGACUAUCUGUUCAAGCUGCUGCUCAUCGGCGACUCGGGCGUGGGCAAGACCUGCCUCCUGUUCCGCUUCAGCGAGGACGCCUUCAACACCACCUUCAUCUCCACCAUCGGAAUCGACUUUAAGAUCAGAACAAUAGAAUUAGAUGGAAAGAAAAUCAAGCUGCAAAUAUGGGAUACAGCAGGCCAGGAGAGAUUCCGCACCAUCACCACGGCGUACUACAGAGGAGCCAUGGGAAUUAUGCUGGUGUAUGACAUCACAAAUGAAAAGUCUUUUGACAACAUAAAAAACUGGAUAAGAAAUAUAGAGGAGCAUGCCUCUUCAGAUGUAGAAAGAAUGAUCCUGGGUAACAAAUGUGAUAUGAAUGAGAAAAGACAAGUCUCAAAAGAAAAAGGGGAGAAGUUAGCAAUUGAUUAUGGCAUCAAAUUUUUGGAGACAAGUGCAAAAUCCAGCAUAAACGUGGAAGAGGCGUUUUUCACACUUGCACGGGACAUUAUGACAAAGCUCAACAGAAAAAUGAAUGACAACAGUUCAUCGGGGGCAGGUGGGCCAGUAAAAAUAACAGAAAAUCGAUCUAAGAAGAGCAGCUUCUUUCGAUGCACGCUACUUUGAUGAACUUCUAACGAUAGACUGCAGCACACUUAGAACCUUUUCUGCUUCUUUGAAAGCACAGGGUCACAAAGCCUCAGAAAUAAUACCACCAAGCUGCUGCUGAGAGCUCCAUUGAACGUAGACUGCGAUACACAAAAUACCAAGUGGAUUUUGCUCACUAAGCCUAUUGACCUGUCAGGCUUUCUUUCUCAGAUAUGGAAGCUAUGAAGUGGAGACACAAAUGCAAGAGUUAACCUGUUUUCCUUUUUUACUUUCUGUUUUAUUGCCUGUUGCAAAAGCUGCUAUGUUUCUUUUAACUUUGCACAUCCAUAUUGGCCUCUUACUACCUGUUACAGCACAAUCUUACAUUUGUAUUUGCACAGUUUGACUUGUAAGUAAAUUCUUAACAGAUUUGUGCAGGGUUUUCUUUCUGUUUUUAAACAAAUUUAUUUUCAAGCAGAAGAGCCAGGGGAAAAUUGUCUCACUUCCAUUAUUUCUAUGCUGUAUACUUGUGGCCAUGCAGUAUGGAUGUUGUCGCUCUAGUGAUGAGAAUUACUGUAACAAUUGGCAUUUAGCAAUUUCUAUGGAUUUUGUUCUCUUAGAUGCACAAAUCUGUUCAUGCAGAAGCUGGGGCUUCUAUUCUGAAUGUAGUAUGUUGCUUUUCUCUCUUUACCAGACUUAGCAAAGUUGUGUUCUGAAUUGCCAGUCACUGUCUGAUUCACAGAUGCACCUUUCAGUUAUUUGAAUAAACACAGUGUCUUUCCUCACUUCCGUUUGUUAGCUCAAACUGCACCUUUUUGUGUUUCUGAUGAGGAAUUACACUCUGGAGGUAAAAUCAUCGUCACAAAUUGGCCUCAUCACUAUCACUUAAGUGGCUUGUGGAAGCUGAAUGCAUGAGUCUUGAGUAACCUCUUGGAUUCACUUAUUCAGAAAUGACUGCUUCUAAAGGUGACUUCCAUUUCUACUGUAACUCUAAAUAGUUAGUUAGUAUCUGUAAUGACCGACCCUUGGCAACAGAGGUGUCCAAAACCAGCUUCCUGGGCGGUGUCUAAAGGGUACCCAGCUUUGGCCCCGGGGAAGCCUUGGCAUUAGGGCUAUAACGUACUCCUGGUUCUGCAGUAAAUGCUGAAUGUGUGUCUGGUCUGCUCAAGCAGUUAUUUUUUUAUCACUGGUACAGUGACCUAGACUGUUAGAAGCAGAGGUGAAACAUAGUUGCCUUUUUUACUCAACUGAGCAUUGUAUAACUUAGUCUUUGUUCUACUACUUUUUUAUUGUCUUCUGGAAAAAUUUCCUCGAUGAGCAAUUAAAACAGGUGCUUUAGUUCUGUUGGUGUGCCAAACGUGGACCAUUGUAAGCUUUAAGUACAAGUUUGUGUCCAGCCUGGUUGCUGUUGGGGGAUAGGUGUGUUCUGUCAGCGUCUGCUUUUGCUUCACUUCUUGACUGGAGUUGUAAACAGUGAGUUGGUCAUUCCCACAGAUAACCACUUCAUUUUGUUGUGUCAGAUACUGGAUUCGUCAUCUCUGGGUCUGUCCUGAAUAUUUUGGAAGUGAACAGGCCAGUAGUAUUAGAUUUAAAGCUUUUGAUUUUUAAAAGGUUUAACGUUAGUAGCUGGUUCCAUGAAGUUCUAAGUGGUUAUUGACCUGUCCCCAUGUGUAGUUUGCUAGAAGUAGUUAUUGGAGCUAGAUGGUGGAUCUCAUAAACUGCUGUUGCUGCACUAGAACAGAGAAACCUUCAUGGCAACGAGGUUUAGUGGAAAAGCAAAGCAACCCUAACUGCUCUGUUGUCUACCCUUGAUGUUUUUCUUGGACAGGCUAAAGCAGUUAUGUUUUCUGUAUGGUUAAAAAAGUGCUUCUAUACAGAAAGUGUUGUGACACCAAUUAUGAAUGUUGUUUAUUUUCAGUAAUUUACCUCUGACUUAUUUGGUGUCGUAAUACUUUGAUUUUUAUCUCAGGGGUUGUCUGCAAACCAAAACUGACAUGUUCUGUGUUUGGCACUGUUUACAGAAUGCUUUGUAUUGUUUUUUCCUGUCUUCGCUGUGUGGUUAAAUGUCCAUUCAAUUAUUAGUCUCCAUGAACUUCCCUUUGAAAGAGCCUGUAAGUAGUAGAGUCUAUGAAGUGCUUCUUGAAGCAGCAGCGAAUUGGGGUAUCUGCUCUGUAUGGGGGAGGGUGGGAGGGAGAAAAAAAACUUGCUAUUUUCUUACAUUUAGCUGUGCUAAACUGUACAUAAAUGUGAGGUAAGACCAUAGGAAAUUCACUUUAUGCAUGAGAAAGUACUGCAGUAAAUAUUUCACUUUGCUUAUUGUUCAUGUACAGUUCAUCUUUUUCUAUUUGUAGAAGAAUUUAAUGCAAUUUUGUUGUCAUCUGCUGAAACUGAAGAAUUCUAAUUUCAUGUGGUCUUAUGGAUAAGGUAAAACGCAGCUUGCUUUCUUUGUGUUUUUGCCCCCACCCCACUUCUCCAGCAGUAUUAAAUGGCUGAGUGGCUGCACUUUAUCAGUGUGCUAACUUGGGGUCAGUGUAGACCUUCCUGUGUCCAGUCUGCCCUGCCAGACGUGGACAAAUGUGCUGUCCCUUGGCGUGGGGGCAGCUCUGUUGGACUGGGAUAUUUUAGCUGUGUUUGCCUUUGGAAAGCGGGUGCUGAUGAUGGGAUGUUCUGCCUGUGCAUCAGAUGCUGGGUAUUACAGGCUUUUCUGAUAUCACCAUGAUUGUUCUGUGCGGUCUCUGUUGCUACUUUGCUCGAGACUAUAUAAUCUUAAGUUUUGAAGGACUCUUAACUAUACCUCAGUCAACUAGUCAGUACUCUAAUGCCCAUUAGAAUGAAAGUCAUAUAAUAAUUACUUAUUAAGCAGCAAAUGUAUUUCUGUUUUGUUCCAGAAAUUGCCAUUAACCUUUCAGGAAAGCAGACAUUCGUUGAUGGAUUUCAAUAAAACAAAAAUGCUGCUUGUGCUUUGGAGUUUUAGGAAAUCUUUCCCUCAGCCCCAUGUCUGUGCGCUAUAUCUUGACCAACAUUUUUCUAAAUGGUUUUAAAAAAAAGCCAAAUGCAAAACAAACUGGUCUCAGUGCUUUGCAAUUUUAGCUUUCAGUCUGUGCUCGGCAAAACAUGCACAAGAGGUUUUUGUUGAGUGUAUAUAGAAUAUUUUAUGUACUUAUUGUCUGGGAGUUCUAUUAUUGCUAAAGCUUAAACCACUCAUGAAACUUAAUGCAGCUCACUUUUCUGUUUGGGGGACAGUCUUAAAAGUGCUGAGUGACCUUUCAGACCUGUAGUUCUUUUUCCAGAAAGUAUUUCCCAUUGUAAAAGUACCUUUCCCAUACUCGUCUGCUGAAGUCAAGUGAAUUUCGUGGAUCAUUCUCACAAGUGGAUAAAGGAGUCUUGAAUGUACAUAUCACAUUAAACUAUUGUGAAUGCAUAACGAUUUGAAAGUACAUGAAUAAUAUGUAAAAUGCCUAAAUGUGUUAUUUGUGAAAAUGCAUCUGUUAUUUGGUUAUCUGUUAAUGUAAUGGAAUUUUUGCAAUGUUAAACUUGUUAAGGAUUGGUCUGUAGGUGAUAAUAGGUCUUUUUUCUCCUCCAUUCACUGACCUGCUUAUACCAUUCUCAUUCUUAUAAAUAAAAAACGUAUUUCUUUCUUCCAAAAAAGCAGGAUUUACACUGAUUUUUCUUGUUCCUGGUGAAUUUAACUAUUUUAGUGCAUUCCUAUGGCCUUACGGACAUUUUUGCAAAUAAAACUUCAAUUACUGUUAUUUUAAUGCUAUAUAGCCACUAAAUUGAGAAUAAAAAGUAUAGUCCUUGAGAAAAUGCUUAAUUUUGAAAUAGAAGUGUUCUACUGUGUGUUUUUAAGCACAUUUUACCUCUGAUAUAAAGGUGUAAUGUGAAAAGCUCCUGCAGAUAAAAGUGAAUUUGUCAUGUGGUUAACUUGUAAACCUAACCAUUAAUUGUGUAUUGAUGUAUAUAGACAAAAAACCCCAAACCCAUCCCCUAAAAAAACCUUCAUAGUCCAAUAGUUUUAUUAUUUCAUGUGAACUUUUUUACAACGUGUGUCUCAAAUAAAAGUUACGUAAUGAAAAGCA